CAACGUAUUGUGCAACAACAUUAAAAUAUUCCUCACGUAAAUAAAACCAUGUACUUCCUCAUUUAUUAUCAAUAAAGUAAAUAGAUCAAAGACUGGUCGUUUUUAACCUUCUGCCUUGUAUUGAAUGGAAUAAUAUUUUCCAGUCUGUUAGUCGCCAUCAAUUACUGGUAUGUCUAAGCAAAUUUGUUACUGGAGUAUUACGGUUUUUGGAUACCUCAUAAGACACUUUUAUAACAUGCAAGCUGCAGUAUUAACCACGUGUAUUAUAGCAACAUGUUUGCUAUGCGGAUGUGAUGCUCAGCGACGUCCUUUCACUUAUGAACAGAAACCCGGCCUGUUUGGUGGUAUUGUUGGUAACGGAGGUAUGCGUGGUAACGGAGGUUCGAUCGGUAACGGAGGUUUGUUGAGUAACGGAGGUUUGCUACGUAACGGAGGUGUGGUUGGUAACGCUGGUCAAAAUGCGGGUAUCCAAAGUCUGCUCAUCCAACCAGUACAAGUUCCAGACUGUCCACUAGAAAUCCAUCCGGAUACAGAGACAAUGUUUGUCAUGAGGAGCCCACUUGGAGACCCCGAACCUAGAACUUGUCCCCCUGGCACAUACUUCCUCCGUUCUGUGUGCUCUUGUGUAAACAGACCCCUCGACAGCAAAGAGUGCAAUUUGCGACCUUCAGCUCAAGGUCAGGGUUGGUAUGAGGAGAAUGUUUUCGGUCUCUGGGUUCAGAGACCAUGCGGGCCGGGAUCAGCUUAUAACCCUAGCACAUGUGACUGCUCUUUCACCUUGUAGACGCCUGUCAUUUCAUUUUAUAUAUUCACCAUUUCUUCUGUCCAAGACAUCUUCUGGCAGCCUGUAGUGGCAUUCGUCAUAUUUAUAUCUUGGAUCACAUUAGGAAAAAAAUAAGAAGCGAACGUUUAACAAUGUCUUUUUUCUUGAUUAAUCUGUUUGACAUGUUAUCUUUAUUGAAUACACUUUAAUAGAAACAUACAUUUCCUUUGAGCGGUUUGUUCUAGUUAUUUUACUCUAUCUAUUGUUAUUCGUGGACAUCUUUGUCACUUGUUACAAAAACUGUUCUUCUGUACCUCAUUCGUCUUCACUUCUAUGGAGUAGUGUACAAAAUGCAUUUGUUAGUCUCAAGCUGUAUAAAUCUAACAUUAAAUUUUUCAAAUUCAUAAAGGCAUCAUUGUACAAGACAAAAUAUUGUGUUUAUUAGUAUUUACUUUUCUUUGAAAAGCAUUUCAUUACAAUGGUACUGUAGCAGAAUGGUCAUAUGUAGCAAAAACAUUUUCAUUUAUAAAAGUAGUUGCUUUCACCUUCCUAUUGUCAUUUUGGUUGAUCUAAACCUAUAUUAUAAAAUAAUGAUGAUAUUUGUCGUGUAUUAAUUCUUAAGCAUUACUUUUGAAGUUCUAGAUAAUUUGAUCAUUCUGUCAGAAUUCCCACUAGUCUUGUUAAGCAACCAACUAUACAGUUUAUCUUUAUUUAUUAAAAGCAUUGAAACUGUUGAAGAAGCUACUUCAUAUUCUGAAAAUAAUACAUAUUUAUGAGAUUGUACUAUUGUAAAUAGUCCAUCAUGUAAUUAAAUUAUUCAAUAUUAAA